AUGGCUCUCCGCCGCGCCGUCGGAUCCCUCGCCAUCCGCUCCCAAGCCUACCUCCGCGGCGCCGCCCCGUCGCCUCCUACAGCGCCCCAGCCUUCCUUCCGCCGCCCGAUCAUCAUCCCCUACCGGCCCUUCGCCGCUCCGCCUCAUCUGGUCAAGAAGGCCCCCAAGGACGACGACGACGCCGAGCCCAGGAUCAACAACGACAUCACCGCCCCCUUCCUCAGGCUCGUCACCGACCAAGGGCACAGCGUUGUCCCCAGGCAUGAAGCUCUUCAGCAGGCUGCUAGGAUGGGCAUGGACCUGGUCGAGGUCCACCGAAAAUCUGACCCUCCUGUUUGCAAGAUCAUGGAUUUCCACAAAGAGAAGUAUAACAAAGACGCCAAGGAGAAAGAACGCUUAAAAACUAAGUCUGCUAUUGUCUUACGUGGUGGGGAUAACAAAGAAGUGCGAUUUAAGGCGAAGACAGAAAUAAAAGACUUGAAGGUGAAAGCAGAUGCAAUUACCAGACUAAUGGAGCGUGGUUACAGGGUGAAGUGCAUGGCGAUGCCCGCAGGUAACGAAGCAGAAGAUCUAGGCGGACCGCUAUCUCGGUUAUUGGGACUGAUACAAGAUGUGUGCAUUGUAGAAAGUGGGCCACAUUUGGACUCCAAACAUGCAUAUGUUAUUGUCCGGCAUGCGAAGUUUGCAACCAAGAAAGGUGGAAAGAAGGCUAGCAAGGCCAUAGAAGACGCAGGCAAAGGUACCCCCCGCAGCACUGCCUCUGAAUCACCAGCCACUGCUACGGACAGUGGGGAUGUGGCAAGUGAAUAUGGUUUGGAAGUUGACAAAACGCCCACCUCUCUCUCCCGUGAACCUUCCAUUCAAAGAGAAGGGCCAGAUAGAGGCUUCAGAAGGGAGUUAAACUCCAACCACAAAAGCACGCAGAGCAUGAAUGCUGGAGGGAACAGGAUGAACCCUGGCCAGGGGGGACCACAAUCAUCACCAGAACGUGGACUUGGUGAUCGCAGGAGUGGAAAUCCUCAUCACACAGAAAAGCGGGAUAUGGCGCCUGAGCUGACCAACAGGUACGCCAGCCGUAGACCUCAGACUGGCGGUGGCGACAACCAACAAGGUCGAUUACCGCCACAAGGCCCGGGAAGAAAUGAAAAUGAAGGCCGGUAUAACCAGAGACUAUCAGAACAGCCCAACCAGCCACCGCUUCCCAGGUUUAACCAAGGAGACAGAUCACCACCACCACAAGACCUGAGGAGGUACGAUAGAGGAAGCCAUAUGCCACCAAAUAAUAACAACCAGCGGCAAUUCCAGCAACCGAAACAGCGCGCUGAACCGGCAGCAGGCAGCAGCGUAGGGAAUCAUGCUUCCGCAGCCACAAGGAGUUUGGGUGUCUUCAGUACUCGAACUCCGGCCACACCAGAGGUGAAGAAGACAGACGGUGCGCCUGCUGACAAACCUGAGGCCACCAAGAGCUUUGGGAUAUUUAGCUCUCCUAAAAAGGGAUCUGGCGGUAAAAGCUCGUGACAGAGGUUUUGUGGUGUAUUUGGGAGAGCCAACAUUCUAUUUUUACCUUUGUAAGGAAGGGAGUUUGGUGGAGUUGAUCUAUUGAGAAUGUUUGAUGUUC